AUGGCCUUCUUCGGUAAGGUUGGGAGAAUACUUAGGCAGACUGCUAGCAGGUGAAAUAUCUGCCGAUCGAAACCCUCCAUCUACCAAGCAAUACGAUGCAUGUCAUCUUCAAAACUUUUCAUUGGAGGACUUUCAUAUAACACUGAUCACCAAAGUCUAAGAGAAGCAUGCAGUAAAUAUGGUUAUGUUGCUGAAGGUGAAGUGAUUUUGGAUCGCGAGACCGGUAGAUCCAAAGGAUUUGGCUUUGUUACAUACAGCUCUGAAGAGGAGGCCUCUAGUGCCAUGCAGGCCUUGGUUGGACAGCAUCUUCAUGGUCGUCGUGUAAGAGUGAAUUAUGCGGCUGAUAGAGCUCGUGCUGGUGUUAAUGGAGGUGGAGGUGGUUAUGGUGGUAAUAAUGCUGGUUAUGGUGGUGGUGACAACUCUGGAAGUGGAGGAAAUUACCCCAGUAGUUUUGGUGGCAGAAAUACUUGUUUUAAGAGUAGCAAUUAUGGUGUUGUUGGUGGUGGUGGUGUGAAAGUGUACAAGAUAGAAAUACUGGAUUCGGGAACUUUCCAGGGGGGAAUAGUUUUGACGGAAAUACUGGGAAGUUUUAGCAGUGAUGGUAAUUUCAAUGUUUCUGGUUACGAGGGAGCUGAUAACUAUGGUGGUGGAAAUACUGAAGGUUUUAACAGUAGCAAUUAUGGUGUUUCUGGUCGUGGUGGUGUGAAAGUGUAUAAGCCAGAAAUACUUGGUUCUGAAACUUUCCAGAUGAAAACAGUUUUGACAACAGAAAUACUGGAAAGUUUUAGCAGUGAUGGUGUUGCUGGUCGCGGUGUGAAAGUGAACCAGAUACAAAUACAGGGUUCGGCGGAAACUUUUCAGGUGGAAAUACUUUUGACAAUGAAAAUACUGGGAAGUUUUAGCAGUGAUGGUUUCAAAGUUUCUGCUGGUGGUGGCUGUACUGAUGGUGGAUUUAAUGGCUAUAGGUCGGUUGGAUUUGGAAGUGGUGGUGUCGUAAAUUUUUACGAGGAUACUUUUCCGAAUAGAAUUUUUUGGAGUUGUGACAUUGACAUCUUGCAUGAAUAUGAUGCGACACUGUUGAUGAUUUGA